AUGGACCUCGACCCUCCCACCAACCCCUCCUCAUCCACCCCCAAGACCCCCAAAUCCCAAACCCUCUCCCAAACAACCAUCCGCUCCCCGCCCUUCUCCUACGCCCACCUCUCCCUCGUCACCCCCUCCUCUUCCUCCCAACUAGACACCCUAACCGCGCGGCACUACCUCACCGCCGCCCUCCGCCAAUUUCUGGGAGACACGGGCGCCUCGAUGGCCAUCGACAUGUUGCUUGUCAAAGGAGCCGAGUGCUGGGUUCGCGUGCCUAGGGAGGACUUGGCGGGGUUUGCGGCGGCGGUUACGGCUUACCCGGGCCAUAAGGUGGGGGGAGGAGAGGAAGAAGAGAUGUUGAUGAGGGUGGUGGGGUGUGGGGAUUGGUUGGGGGCUUUGGUGGGGAGGGAGGGGGAGGGGGAGGUUUGGGGUUGA